CCCCCCCCCCACCUGUCUACGCGAAAAAAUUCAAAAAAAAUUCGAUUUCAGGUCACCACAACCUAUCAGAAACAGUAUGGUGACAUGACGCCGUUCAUACGAAAAAUUGUCAACGCCAACGUGGCCGUGCUGUUGUACUAUGGGGAUACGGACAUGGCGUGUAAUUUCAUGAUGGGUCAGCAAUUCGCGGCCGCCCUGAAAUUAAAGCGACGACUGAACAAAACGCCGUAUAAAUUCGAACGUCAGAUCGCCGGCUUCAAGACCCUCUACGAGGGUUUGAUAUUUGUGACCGUUCGAGGGGCCGGCCAUAUGGCCCCCCAGUGGCGUGCCCCCCAGAUGUACUACGUCAUACAACAAUUCAUCCUGAAUCACCCGAUCUGA